AAAUAAUUAUUUAUUUAAUAAUUAACAUUUAUAUUUAUACUUAUUAUUUAUUAGUUAAUUUAAAAAUAACAAUUGAAUCCUGUUAUAAUUAUUUAAACUACAAUAAUAUAAUGAGUAUUUAUUUUCCUGAUUCAUUAUUUGAAAUAUCUGGAAACGCCGUCAACAAACUAAAAGAACCGAUCAGUUGGUCGUGGUCGGUAUCAAAUGUCAUGGAUUGGGUACAGUAUGGAUUAAAAUUGCCACAGUACGUAAUAAUUUUCAAGGAGAACAAUAUUGAUGGUAAAAAAUUAAUUUUCAUUAAUUGUCAAACACUGCCUUCUAUGCAUAUUACAGACUUUGAUCAUAUCAAGUAUAUUGCUAAGAACGUGAGACACCUGUACGGCUUGUCUCCGGACACCGAGUACCACAACGGGAUCAAUGGCCAGAGGUCCGUGUACCACGCGUACGGUCGAUAUUACUUGUACUUGGCCGCCAAUUACGCUGCGGCCUGCGGGAAACUGUCGGCCGCGCGUGGCCGUGCCGAAGUCCAGGAAACGCUGUCGCUGUUCGAUUACAUGCAAUCGAUCGGCAUUGUGACAGAUAUGCGGCGCCGUGGUCCCCGGACGUCCGGUUGUCAUUCGGACGACGGGCCACGGCGGAAACACAAAACGCUGCUGGCUCGAUUGCCGGCCACCGAGUACUUGCGGGGCGGACAGUGCGCGCACGCCGACCUGGCUGUGGCGCGGUUCCGUCCGAUGCUGCAGCAGACGCGGGUAACGGAAGCGCCGCGGCGACCGGCUUCGAAACGCUGACUGCUCCGUGUACGACCGUCGGUUAGCAGGUUAAGCACAUGCUCAGAUGUACAAAAUGUCACUUAAAAUAUACUCUAAACAUAUGUUUUAAUAUUUAUUUGAAACAAAAAUAAUUUUUAAAAAAAACCCCCAAAACUUAAUCACUCUUUCGUACAUAUUAGAGUAUAAUAGUGCGACCGUCGAUUGUACCUACCUCUUAAUAGAGUGGCAUAAGGUAUUUAUAAAGUAACUUGUACGUUUUAUAUGACCGGAUAACCUAACCAGAGCAGAAAUUUUCAUACAAUAUUUUUUUCUAAUUUUUGAAACUUUUUCUAAUGUUGAUAAUAGGAACUUAUGAGAAAUUUUGAAUUCAGUUUUCUAACUUUUACUCACAUAUAAAAUUAUAAACAAAAUUAUAAUAAUAAAAUAUUAUAUUAAUUAUAAUACAAACAAAA